AUGAAGAGCGGGAAGUACUGUCUCGGAUACAAGCAGGCACUGAAAACGCUGCGAGCUGGUAAAGCCAAAUUGGUUAUCAUCGCCAACAACACACCACCACUCAGGAAAAGUGAAAUCGAAUACUACGCAAUGUUAGCAAAAACAGGCGUUCAUCAUUACAACGGCAAUAACAUUGAAUUGGGAACGGCGUGCGGGAAAUUGUUCCGCGUAUGUACGUUGUCGAUAACGGAUGCCGGCGAUUCGGAUAUCAUUCGAAGCAUGCCAUCUGAGAGUGCAUGA